CCCCGCUCUGGUGGCUCCGCCCCAUCCCCGGUGGCCCCGCCCCGCCUCCGGGGUCACGAGUAGUUUCCCAGAGAUGGCUGCAGCGCUGAGGGCGGCGGUGGCGGCGGGCGCUGCAGGACUCUUUUCUAGACUGCACACACCUCUUGCAGCAGUCAGAGGAUUUUCCCUGUGCCAGCCCCAGCAUCAAGUCGCAGACCCUGUGUGGAACCUGGGUCGACUCAAUCAUGUGGCCAUAGCGGUGCCAGAUUUGGAGAAGGCCACAGCGUUUUAUAAGAAUAUUCUGGGGGCCCAGGUAAGCGAAGCGGUCCCUCUUCCAGAACAUGGAGUCUCUGUUGUUUUUGUCAGCCUGGGAAAUACCAAGAUGGAACUGCUUCAUCCCCUGGGCAGUAACAGUCCAAUUGCAGGCUUUCUGAAGAGAAACGAGGCUGGAGGAAUACAUCACAUCUGCAUUGAGGUGGAUGAUAUCAGUGAAGCUGUGAUGGAUUUGAAAAAAAAGAAGAUCCGUACCCUAAGUGAAGAAGCCAAAAUAGGAGCCCAUGGGAAGCCAGUGGUUUUUCUGCAUCCUAAAGACUGUGGCGGAGUCCUUAUAGAACUGGAGCAAGCUUGAUUUAUAUUUGCAAGAAACUAAAUCAAUUGACUGGGAAAACUGUGAUCGAACACUAUUACAAUGUAUUGUGGUACUGCUCCUAUCACUUAAAAAUUCAAAGUUAAAUGUUAAAUUACAGAAAUAUAAAAUAUCUCCAAUUAUGUGCCCUUUGAGAACAGCUCAUGAUCACAGGUAGAAGUAAAAUCUUUGAGGUGUUAGAUGCAUAGAAAGUUUUGUGGAAAAUUUGAUAUAGGACCUGGGGAUGGGCAUAUACUGAAUUAUUUCUAUUGCUUGGUGUAAUUUGUAAAGUCACUGUCACUUAGGUACGUGAGCACCUCAGUGCCUCCUGGAGAAUACGCAAAUCCAAUAGUUUCUCACUACCAAGAAGUGUGUGGUGCAGUUGGGGAAAGAGCCAUGUAAAAUAAGUAUAAAUACUCACAAAACAGCAUGUGAAUGAAUUAAAAAGAAAGGAAUAUGGCACAUAUUCUCAAAGGAGUGUGGAAGCUCCUCAGAUUUUUUCCUCUGAUUCUAAAAUAUAUUGGGAAUAAAUAGAUUAAUUACCCUGUCACUGACUAUGCUGGUUUGCCAGCCCCCACCUCAGAUUUCGUAUUCCUUUAAUAAAUGGGCCACAAAAAGUCAGAAACCUCCCCAGAGCCUCGUGCUUAAACCCUCAGCACCAGGCUCCCUCAGGGCACCAUCUUCCUCCUGGCUGCUUCCACCAGACAGUCUACUUUCAAUUCUCAAUAAAUCUUUGAUCUUGCUGCUCUUUUUGGCUGUUCUGCUUAUUAUUUGUUCAGGGCAUCAAAAAUCUGGGCACGAGCCCCCAAUCCAAUAGCAAUAUCUAAGGUAAUACAUGUAGAUAUACGUAAAACAGUGGAAAAUACGCCAGGUCAUCCUAACUGAGGCCAACUAAAAAUUAACAAUACAGGAAAAUCUCCAAAAGCUUGUAAUUACCAAAGAAAAAGUCUCAAAGAAUAAAAAAUGUAUUGAGCUGACUAAAAAUACAACCAUUUUUAUAAAAUUCAGCAACUUAUGAAUUCAUGAAAUGAUAAUAAAAUUCUACUUGCAUGAGCAUGGAGUUUAGAAGCAAUAUAUGCAAAACAGAAUGUGUAGUGGGUCAUGUUAACCUCCUUGCGUUCAUCCGGCUUCUCUUCCUCCGUAAGAUUCUGACUUUUACGCAUCACUUCAUCUCCCCCUGCACAGGUGAGGCCCCAAGGCUGGACUUCAGUUUCAUCACCCUUGCCAGGGACUAGGUCCAGGUAGUAUACCCUGUACCUAGACAGUACCCUGAAGAAAGGUUUGUGAGAAGCUUCUGGAAAUGUUCUUUCCUACUCCCAAGGUGGGUCGGUAACAGCUAUGAGAACUCAGCCUCUAGAAACAGUUGAGGUUGCUAUGAGCAACAACCCAAUGACCAGAAUAACACUGGUCAACAAAGAAAAAAUUGUCUUGUUGGCAUUUUUAAAAAAUCCAAAGAGCAAGCAUGACUGGUGCCAGCACUCUGGGAAGCUGAGGCAGGAGAUCUCGAGUAGAGCCUAGUGUGGGCAACUUAAUGACAUCUUAAGACCCUGUCUCGAGAAACAAAGCAAAACAAACAAACCAACAAAACAUGAAAAAGAGCUGGAAAUAUAGCUCAGUGCGGAGGCUUAGUCCCCAGUGCUGAAGACAAAAACACAUUUGGCAUUGAAAAGAAAGUUGUUUUAUUCACUGAAUUUUUAAAGUUAAAAGACUAUUUUUGCUAAAACAUCACUAAAAAUAAAAAUAGCAUAUGCAUACUA